AUGGAUUACACCAUGGAAGAUACCCAGAACUCAGCCCCCGACGCCGUGGGGGAGUCCAAGCUGAACUCCUCGGCGCCUCGCAAUGACACGCAGAGCGUCACCAAACGCUUGCAGGCUGAGUUGAUGCAGCUCAUGCUUUCCCCUUCACCCGGCAUCUCCGCCUUCCCCGACGCCGAUGGCAAUUUGCUCUCGUGGACCGCGACCAUUACUGGCCCGACCGAGACGCCUUACGAGGGUCUUACUAUGAAGCUCUCUUUCGCCUUCCCCAACAACUACCCUUACUCUCCUCCAACCGUCCUCUUCAAGACUCCUAUUUACCACCCGAACGUCGACUUCUCCGGCCGCAUUUGCUUGGAUAUUCUCAAGGACAAAUGGAGUGCUGUAUACAACGUACAGAGUGUGCUGCUGAGCCUUCAAAGUCUUUUGGGAGAGCCAAACAAUGCGAGCCCUCUGAACGCCCAAGCUGCCGAACUCUGGGAUUCCAACCAGGAAGAAUUUAAGCGUCACGUCUUGGCACGCCAUCGCGACCUUGACGACGAGUAG